AUGGAUGUGUGGGUAUUGUUCAUGACCCUAGCGCUUCUUUGCGGUUCGCUCCACUUGCGACUCACCCAGAGCGAUUGGGUGACGUUGCGUCGAUGGAUUGCAUCUGUCAUAGAGCCUGAGGUGCUGGAUGCGCUGAAGGAAGCGCGUGUGAAGGAGGAGAUGGUGAAGCUUCGCCAAAGGCAUUGCAGGUUGCUCAAUCGCUGCUUCUCUCACAUCGUAUUUGUGACAAGUCUUGGCUUGCUUCACCAAGCUCUGACGGCACCUGGGCUCGACACAAUUACUUGGGCCAGUGUGGGCAUCAUCUCAUAUCUUCCGAUGGCGGUGGUCGGGCAGGACUCGUUGAGUGUGACUCCUGCACAGCUAAAGCUGAUUACCUGGUUCUUACAUUUUCUGCAGCUGCCGCUCAUUGCCUCUUCUAUAUGCUCUGCAACUGCCUUUGAUUUCGCGGUGAGGCAAGGCCUGCAAACGGUAAGUCGUUUUGGCUUGGGCAUUCUUUUUCUAGAUCCUUGGGUCUCCAUUCCUUUUCAGCUGGUGCAUUCUGCUGCAGAAUUUGCUGUUCAUCUUUCUUAUUUUGAGAUGAACCGCGUGCACAUGGGGCUACUACUAAUUGCCCAAUUCUUCACCUUCGCAAUCCACAUCGCAUGCAUGGCAUUCAUUGACGUUGUGUUGCGACAGCGCAUCAAUGCCCAAUUGGAAACUGCUGACGCGGAGUCCUUGGUAUCCAGUUUCCGAAGGAUGCUGCGAAGCGUGUGUGAUGGCGAGGUGCUUCUGGAUGGCCAGAUGAAUGUGGCACAGGAGAGUGAAGGUUUGAAGCAUUUGAUUCUCACCACAGUGAACUUGAAGGGCAGGUCAUUUGAGCGAUUGCUGAUUGAUGAGGAAUGCACUCGUUUCACCAAGUUUAUCCAAUCAUCCACUGAGGCAUUUCUCACACCGAAGCCGGCGGUACCACCCGUUUGCUUGCGGACUUCUUUGCGAGGAUCUGCUGGUAUCAGGGUUGCUGCGGAUGUUUUUCAUGUGCCCAUUCCAGGUCUUUUUGGGGCUGCGGAGCCAUAUCAUCUCCUGGCUUUCAAAGAGGACACGGAGUCUCGAGCUCAUCCAGAAGCAAAUGAAGAUUCAGUUCCUGCCGAACUUUUGAGCAGACAGCCGCGUCAAGCUCAUCGGCCGGGUUCUAGGCCUGGCUCCACUUCGAUGCUUUCUGGAAGCACAGGCAGAAGUUCAUGUCAUGGUUUUCCUGGGCUCGACGAGGUGUUCUUGCUGAUCGAUGUGGAUUCGCAACUUCAAGAGGUCACUCAGGUGGAGCUGAACUUUAAGCGCGAUCGAUGCGCAGCUUCGAUGCCCAGCUUGGGCAAGUUGGUGAGGCCCAGUGAAUGGGAGAAGGUCCGCUCGAGCGUGGCACGCUUCGCUGAGAAAUCCUCGCGUGAUCAGUCUGAUCACCCGAAGGUGUUGAAGCGUCUCACUCUGCAGGUGCCGGGGCAGAGUGGAUGGAUGCUGGUGGACGAGGCCACGUUGCAUCGGAGUCAGCAGCCUUGGAAGCUUUGGAUGCAUUUGCAUGGCUUUCAUCCUCGGUGA